AUGACUCCUGGAACUUCUUCAACAUUUACGCUUAGCACUGACCUUUUUUUUCUCUGUCUCUCUUGCGCGAUACGACACGGACAGCAGCAGAGCAUCAAGUUCCUGCCGUUGGCUCGGAAAAAUCCGGACGACAAGGAUAAAGAUAAAAGACCCAAGAAGAAAGGCGAGCUUGAUGAAAAGACUAAAAAGAUCAUUGAAAAGAUGGCAACACUAACGACGGCUGCUAUGGGAUUCGUAAUUGUGCUUUUUGUUGAGAUGUUCAUCGUAUACAGACUGGGACUAUUCGUCGACCACUUACCCAAGUAACUGCGGGAAACCUUGUUCAGGGGCUGCUUCGCAAACAGUGCUGCACCACCUCAUACCCGUCGCCAAAAUCCAAGAAUUCGCAUCUCAACGAAUAUUUCAGGGGUGGGCAUCGCCCUUACUGUUUCUUUUUGUAUGUGCUUCUUUGAACCUGUGGGGGAGUGUCAGUAUGCAAUGACGAGAGUAACUUAUAGAGUCAUUUCUUUAAAUGAACGUAGUGACUGCAAAGAGUACUCACGAAUAUGCGUCACACUAUUUUCGGUAGAAUUCAAAUAUUAAUUGUUUACGCAGCAACGCAAAAGAAAAACGCUCAUCUAACAGAAGCAUGUCUUCCUGUAAUAAAAAGUU